CAUAUUGUGAUUUUAUUUCAAUAUUUUUUUUGUGAUAUAAUUAAGUAUAAAUUAAAAUCUAAAUCACAUUAAUAAUGGCUAGUGUCAGUAAUAUGGAAGUAACAAUGCCAAAUUAUUCUUAUAUUUUUAAUUUUGAAGAGGAUUUCAUACAUCAAGAAACCAGGAAAUGGAUGGUGGAAAAUUGGACAUUAGGUUUUUAUUAUACGGGAUUAUAUAUGAUUAUUAUAUUCGGCGGUCAACAUUAUAUGCAAAAUAGACCGCGAUUUGAAUUACGAGGUUUACUAUCAUUUUGGAACACAUGUUUAGCAUGUUUUUCUAUAAUCGGUUUUACUCGAACUGCUCCAGAAUUAUUUCAUGUUUUAAAACAUUACGGACUUCAUCAUUCAGUAUGCGUGCCAAGUUUCAUUGAAAACAAUCGAGUGAGUGGGUUUUGGACAUGGAUGUUUGUAUUAUCAAAAUUACCAGAAUUGGGCGACACACUUUUUAUAGUAUUACGUAAACAACCAUUGAUAUUUUUGCAUUGGUACCACCAUAUUACCGUCCUUUUGUACAGUUGGUUCUCAUAUUCUGAAUAUACAGCCUCAGCAAGAUGGUUUAUUGUUAUGAAUUACUUCGUUCAUAGUGUUAUGUACUCAUAUUAUGCUCUCAGAGCCAUGGGAUAUUCACCACCUCGCCAAAUAGCAAUGGUCAUCACAACAUUACAAUUAGCUCAAAUGGUUAUUGGAUGUACAAUAAAUGUAUGGGCACAUAAUUUCGUAACAGCAGACUCCGAAUGUCAUAUUUCACAAAUGAAUAUAAAAUUAUCAUUAGCAAUGUACUUCAGUUACUUCGUACUGUUUGCACGAUUCUUCUACAAAGCAUAUUUAAGUGGUGAACGACGUAGUAAAAAACAACGUUCUGUUAAACAAGAUUAAUUUAUUUAUUAUUAAUUUAUCUUCUAGUUGUUU